AUGGCUACAAGAUUAAUUAAGUAUAAAAUCUCACUAGCCUUUCCCAAAUUCAAUUUUUUAAUCAAACAUCUAUCAUCAUCAGUCAAAUUGAAUAUGCCAAAGCCAAAAGUUCUUAGAGUUGGGAAGAUUUCAUUUGCUCAUGAAAAAUGGGACGAGAUUUCCAAGUUAGUUGAAGUUGUUGAUUGUGAAUCGGCUAAUAGAGAGGAGUUUUUUCAGGACUUGAAAGGGAAAUAUAGUGACAUCACUAAUGUGUUACGUACAUUUGCUUCAGUUGAACAAACUGGUAGAUUCGACGAAGAAUUGGCUCUGCAUAUGCCAGAUACUUUGGUAUCAGUGAGUCAUACAGGAGCUGGAUAUGAUCAAGUUGAUGUUGAGCCAUUCACCAAAAGAGGAGUACAGGUUUCCAAUGUGACGGUUCCAGUGGAAGAUCCUACUGCUGAUACAGCAUUAUAUUUAACUUUGUCAUGUUUGAGAAACUAUCAACAAGGUCAUGAAUUGAUGAUGAAAGGUGAAUGGCCCAAAAAGGGUUUUGCUGGUGCUAAAUUGGGAAGAAGUCCCGAAGGUAAAGUCGUUGGUAUCUUGGGAAUGGGAGGUAUUGGAAGAGCAAUUAGGGACAGAUUAAAACCAUUUGGAUUUAAAGAGAUUCUCUAUCAUAACAGAAGUCAAUUGAAACCAGACUUGGAAAAUGGCGCCAGAUAUGUUAGUAAAGAUGAAUUAUACAAACAAGCUGAUAUAAUCUGUAUUAGUGUUCCAUUAAAUGCUCAUACUCGUCAUUCCAUCAACAGUGAUGAAAUUUCCAAGAUGAAAGAUGGUGUAAUUAUAGUCAAUACAGCUAGAGGCGCAGUCAUUAAUGAGUCACAAUUACCUGGUUUGAUCAGAUCAGGUAAAAUUGGUGCUUUCGGUGCAGAUGUAUUUGAAAACGAACCACAAGUUUCCCAAGAAUUGCUUGACUUCCCCAAUGUUGUUAGUUUACCCCACAUGGGAACAUACACUUAUGAAGCCAUCAAAAAUAUGGAAGAAUGGGCAGCUGAUAAUGUUGAAGUUUGCUUAAAGACAGGUAAGGUUAAAUCAAUUGUACCAGAACAGUACAAUAUGAAAAUUGAUCCAAAGCCAUUGAUAUAG